AUGUUCACUAAUGGUGCCGACUACGCAUUGGCCAGGAAGUUGUCUAGCCUUAGUGACAAUGAAAUUUUCUUGUUAGAUACUAGCGACAAAAUCAGACUCAUGCGCGAAAAGGUCAAAGGAAAGCUGCACGAAGCUUAUGAGACAAAUUCGGCGCGUUAUAACAAAAGAAUACGCGCGAUUCGUUUUAGGCCCGGACAAGAAGUCUAUAAGCGUAACUUUGUUCUAAGCGACUUUAAAAAUAACAUCAAUUCGAAGUUUUGCAAAAAAUUCACCAAAUGCCGCGUAAGGAAAGCACUCGGGAACAACGUGUACCUGUUGGAAUCGCUUGCAGGAAAAAGCCUGGGCGCUUGGCAUGCAAAAGACAUUAAUCAGUAG